AUGGAGGAAGAUGAUAACAACAGUGAUGACUGGCUUCUUGGUGAGAGGCGGCAAAAGAACAACGCUCCUGUCAAUUCUUGUGUGAAUGAAGACAUGCAAAACUCAGGAGAUUCAUGUUUACCUAGACCCCAGUUUUGCCCUGAAGUAGAGAUUUUUUCACUUCCAUACAAAGUCUUGUUUUAG